GGGAAAAAUAGCUUCUUUACACCCAGACCCUGCACUUUCAACGAAUCCGGCUGCAUGGAAUAGCUUACUUUGCAGCCAGUGUCAAGUCGUGGCCCUGCGCCCAAUUGUGCGCGCGGACAGCAUAAAGCCCGCCUCGUUAUCGGCUGAGGACAGCACGAGUCUCGGGUGGCGGCCCCGGACCGUGAAGGACCGCCGGCUCACAUCCGUGGCCGGGCGGCAGCGCGGCCGGCCGGCCGAGACGGGCCGCGCACGGGGGAGGCAUUGUUAGCGGCCAGGCGCCGCGGGCCCGCAGAUAUUGGGGUAUAUAAAGACUGAGAGGUAGUGUUCAGGUACACUCAUACAUCAGUGCGUGCACCGGCGACUGCUGAGGUCCUGACACCGAGCGCUGCCACCGGGGCGACAGUCAGCUCGGAAUUCGACAUGAAGGGCGUGCUCGUGCUGCUGCUGCUCACUGCGGCCGUCGCCAGUGCCGACUACCGAGACGACAUCUACUCGCCCACAUCCUACGUCCGCUCGACCGGCAGCUCGGUCAUCCGGCGGGGCAGCGACGGCUACGUCAGCCUCUACUCGCGGGGCGGGUACGGCAGCUACCGGUCCCGCUACUACCGCCGGUACGACGACGAUGACUACGACGACGACUACGGCCGCCGCUACUACAGAACGUCCUACGGCCGCCGGCGCUACUACGACGAUGACGACUACUACUACGGACGGCGCUACGGACGGCGCUACGGGUACCGAUACGGAGGGCCGUACAGGAGAUACGACUACGACGAUGAUAGAUACGACGACGAUCGCUAUGAUGAUCUUUAUGAUGAUUAGCGAUAGAAAUGAAUGCACAAAUGAAUCGACUAUUUUAAACACCUUAUGGUACCAUCAAUACGAACCAGCGAAGAUAAACCAAUCUAUUUCCUAGCGUCAUCGAUAUAGGUAUAUAGCUCAAUAUGUAGCAGUGCAAAUACAGCUCAACUAGCAGCGUCAA